AUGAGGCGGAAGAAAGAGUUGUCACUUACCGCUCGAGACAUAGAGGUCUAUAAUGAUGCUAUAGAUCAAUUGAAAUCGAUAAAUAUACAAGUCAAGUCGCCUGGUGAAUAUGUAGCCUCAAGAUUAGAAUCUGUGGCAUUAGAUGAUAUACGAAGAGAGCUGAAAGCAUUAUUGGCGUCAUGUCAAUCCAACGCUUCCGGCCUUCUGAUGUCACUCUUUGCAUCAGCGGUUCCCUUCAAUGAAACUCUCGAGUCUACUAUACAGACCAUUGUGCCUUUUAAGGAGGUGCUUGAAAGCUCUCUGCGUGACCUUGAUACUAAGAGGGGCAUUGUUAAGCAGACAAAAUGUCAUGUUAAAUUGCACAUGUGCAGAUAUGUGAUGGUGGUAUACGCAAAACUGGCGUUGACAUCACAUCUGGAUGCCGUCAAGCAUCUGAACAAUAUCGCAGAAGAGAUUAUCGAUAGUUUCGAGGUCGAUGGCAACCCCGUGAAGACUGAUGCCGUACAGCGUGCCAUUGGCGUGAUUGAAGACAUUAUUAAACGUAUUGAAAGUGGUGAUGACAUAUUACAGUCACAUAACUCAAAGUAUAAUCUAGCUACUAAUUGGGCGCUGUUUGAAAUAAUCCCCAAGGAGAUCAAUGGGAUACAUGGUCUUCUGAAGCUGUGUAAGCAUUGUGAAACUGAGGUCACGAGAUACCUACAACACUAUUCAAAAAUGUUAAAGGAAACGGAUAAUUCACGCUACAAGAGCCUGUCCAAUGUCUUUACGGAGCAUCGGCGCACUAAUGUUGAAAGGGUCCUAGAGAUGGAGGGUAUAAUUGACUGGUCUGAGUUGGCGCAGUUUCGGAUGAAGUAUGAUCUGCAUGUUGCUGAGGACAAUGUUACUACUUUGCAGAUGCGGCUUGAAAAGCUUACAGUUGUCUGUGCGGAGAAUGCCAUGACUAUGCUUUUCAACUUAUACAGUGAACGUGAGAGGUUAUUUACUGAUGACAAGGAGGUGUCCACUGAUGUUGGUAGAUUAUCCCGUGAUAUAAAUACCUAUGUCUCUGGUCUAAGUUCUCUCAUAAAGGGUGCUGAGCAUUUGUGGCGCAGUAACAAUGAUAUCUCUUUUGUGGUCAAAUUCAGGGAUAUAUUCGUUAAGCCUAUAAUGGACCUUUGUUUGCGCACUUUGAUCCAACGGGGUAGUGGGUAUGCCGCUCUGAGCCCGCAGGAAGAGGCGCAUAGGUUCAGUUACUUUGUUGACAAGUCUAUCAAGCUGCUACUUCAUCCUAAACAUAGUAUUACUAUGCAAUUUUUGAAUGAUAUCUCAAGGUUGUGUGGUAAUGAUACAUUCAAGGUUGUUUGUGUAUUCGACGCCAUAGCGGCCGAACUGCUUGUGAAUAUAGAAAAGCGAUUUUCUGCCAUAUACUUCCCGAUCUAUCUAGACCGUUUUAUGCGUAACUUAAAGGCAUACGAGCGUCUUUUGGAACAUAUCGAGAUGGCAUCGGGUAGUUACCAUCACUAUUUGAAAUGGCGUGGUUCCACGUCGGUCAGUAAUAUAUCUCGUUGUUUCAGUAUUGGCGUUGUCUGCGAUAAUUUCAUAGAGUGCACUACUCGUGAACUUAUAGACAGUAUAUCGUCUUCCAGGGGCGUCGGUGCUAAGUUGGUACAGUGUCAAGGCCAAACAUUCUACUUGCCACCCUCUAUGGUCCUGUAUCGCCAGCUUAUGGCGUUAUUUAGCCACGAGGAUUUCUUCUAUCACCUGAUGCCGCAGUACCUCAUGGGAGCAUCUGAUAUGAUGAACGAAUAUGUGGGUUACGUUCGUAAGCGUGUGUCUAACAUAGAGAGUGCCUAUGUUAGUGAUACUAGUGAUGGUGGCAAGGCAUCGGAGGCGGCUACUGAUGCAGCGUAUGUGUUACAUGAUUUGGAUACCAUAGAGAGUGGUAUUAAGACUGGUAACAGUAGUUUUUUGGUGAUUGGCAUUUCGGAAUCUAGUUUGGAUUCUCAUGAUUGUGAUCACCUGGCUUAUUUGAUGGGCCAUGAUGUCACUUCUGAUAGUUCUGAGGCAGGGCUGUCUACCCCGCUGAGUGAAUCCAGCGGUAGUACAGGUAGUGGCAUGACUACAUCUACGAAUAUCAGCGAUCAGCAAAACGCUGGUUACACCUCAUCGAGUAGCGACGACGGUGGUAGCAACGGGUCAUCGAAAGAUGGAUCUAUGGACCAUGUUGGUUACAUGGUGUGUUUGAAAAGCAAGGUAGACGGCGAGGUGGUUAACCUCGCCGUCAAAAGGUUGGAGUAUCCGUUACAUAUCGCAUUUAAACGGCUAUUACAUGUGUUUUUAACAAUUGAUCGAGAUAGUUCUGUUGCACCAGCGCAGCGAGCUAUAUCGAUUUUAUCAGAGCUUUGGGUCGGCGUGGACUCUCCUGUGGAUAUCGCAUGUCUCUCAUCAGAGGAGUUGUCCGACGUCCGUCAUCUGGUAUCGUUCACUAAGAAGAGUGUAGAGCUGCUUUACAAUUUCUUUAACGCUGCUCAUGAGCAGAUUGAUGUUAUCAAGUAUACCCUUGAGAAUUUUAUUAUCCAGAAUUUGGUCUCCGGUGCUCGCUGUAGUUUACAAUUUUUGCAAUCUUUGCCAUCUAAAUUCAGGACUGGGAACAAGCAAGAUGUUAGUAAGCCUAGCAAUUAUGUGAAGUAUAUGUUAGUCCCGCUCCUUUCUUUCAAGGAGUUCACUGCGUCAUCUCUGCCGCCGGAGCUAUCGCUGAAGAUCAUGACCCAAACUGUUGCUAGGUUAUCUAUGGAAUACCGGGAGCAUCUGGUGAAGCUCGUGGGAAAUGUCCUAAACCUGAACCGUUCUCUUAGCAAUGCUAAGGGCAAGAACGAUGACGGUGCUAGGUACCUCAUCGCGGAUAUAGAGCUGGUCAGGGCACAGCUGAACACCGAUAUACAGGAAUACCUCGACCAGUGUGAAUUCAGGCUGGGUGUCCCCAAGGGGCAGUGCGAGGAUCUGAACCUACUGGUUCACUGCGUGGACGAGUUGUUAGAAACUACAUAG